UUGUCAAAUUGUUGCGCCCUCCCUUAUCACACAUACAAAUACGGCACAAGACUCAGCCUCCCCUGCUCCGCCCGGUAUAUUCCUGCCUGGUCCUUCCAUCCACAUCCACCCCUUAUCCCCCAGCCAAAAAGUGGAGGCCGGCCAUGCCCGCCAUCUGCCGCUCUCUGUCAUAAAUAGCACAUGCCGCACCUCUAGGCCAGAACGCCCUACCCGCAAUCCCUUACAGCUCAAAACAGCCCCUUUCUCGCCCCUCUGCAAUGCUCUUCCUCCCAUCCUUUACAGCCAUAUCCGUCACCUUGCUUAUUCUAGUCCUCUCCUCUUUGGUCGUCCACCUGCACAUCCUCCCACUACUUUUGCGCACAUUCACUCAAGUCAGAGUAUCGAGCUUUAGCGUUAUAUCCAUUACAGGUCUGGAAUGGCGAAAUGAACAUGAGCAAGAGGAUAUAAUCCCUACAUUGAGAAUAGAGAGAGCCAGGUGGACGUGGGGUGGCAUCAAAGGAGACGUGACCGGGCUUGUUGUGCUUAGAAUUGAAGGGGUCAGUUGGAGAAUCAAGAACAAUCCAUCGGGAGAUCUGAAAAAUGGAAGGCCGUCCGUACAGCAUAGAUCUCCAAGCCGCUUCAAGAACAGGCUUAUCACCUUUAUUCUCCGACUGCUCAUUCACCACUAUCCUUCGAUUGCUCGACUCGUCUCCAUCCAACUUGUCAAUUGCAGGGUUAUCUUUGAUGACUUGGAUGGCAUCGAAUUAACUUGGAAAGAGCUGGGGUUUGGCGUCAAGGUCGAGUUCCGUGGUAUGGCCGAAGAAGCAGCUGUCUCAACCGCUCCCGAAAGGGAAGCCCCUUUUCGAUCCUUAUCUUCUAUCAGCUUUAAAGAUGAGUAUGACAUCCCGCCUUCAUUUCCAACCACAGCAAUGUCGACGCCGUCUCGACACACACAGUCUCUCUCCGGCUCACCGGUCAUGCACACAUCAUUUGCCUUGCCUCCUUUGGCUGAACCUUGUGAGGCUUCUCUCCCUCCUUCGCCUGGCAAGAAGGCGCAGACAACCCCCCGUUUAUCCAGCCCGAAGCCCUUCCACUCUCGAAUGUCCAGAACAGCGAACAAGAUUUGGACUCGUGCCACAGGCCGAAUGUACGGCUCCGUUUCUUUCAACAUCUACAUCGAUACUAUUCGGUGUAUCGACCCUCGGAACAGCCCACCUCCGUCUGCUAAGCCUUCCAUACCCGACCUCAAAUCGUCCACCGCUCGUAGGUCACAGUUCAUCUCCUUCCGGCCUCUUAAGCGAUGCCAUCCUGUCUAUGAUCUCCAUUCAUCAGAUGCAGGGGUGAGCACUCUAGUGGCAUUAGAUGAAAGGUCUAGUGUGAGACUUAGCCUUGGAUUUGGUCCCAAAAAAGGGUUAUUGGGCGAGGACACUCUGAGCGCGGUAUAUGAGAUGGGCAAACUGCGCACGACUAUAGAGGCCGUCGAGAAAGCAAAUAAAUUGCUCAACAAAUCGAAGAAAAAUAAGCAAAUGGAGAAGAAGGGUAUGAAUCGAUGGUCAACGCAUGGGACUGCUCGUGUCAUCUUAAGAGCCAUGCAGUCGACAAAAGUGUCAUUCGCCCAUAUCACUCUUCUUCACCACCUUCACAAUCCUUCUCCAAUUAUGCCUUCCCUGUCCCAGUCUCACUUAUCAUCCAUCUCAUCCCUUGAUCUGUCAUCUUCACCAACGGGGGACCGUUACACAAUCAUUCUCGAGCUUUCUGAGAUAAGAUGUGCUCUCUCAUCGGCCGAUUCAUCUAACAAUGACCGCGCUCGCAACGCCUUUGGUACCAAUUCUAGUCCCGAGUCCAUCAUCCGUGGUGUGGGUGCAGAGUUUGGGUGGAAAAGUAUUGAGCUCCAGUGUAUUGCGCCUGGCGAAAGCUCAAAUGACAAGUCGCAGUUGUUUGCAAUUCGGCAAGCGCAAGUGAUUGGUUUCUCGUCAUGGCGACCUGAAGGGUGGAAUAGGGAGGAACUAUUAUUCGCCAGUGACCCAAACAUUGCCCUUGUAGUCUGCCAAGCCGAUGUUGCAAGUGUGGAUUGCGCGGGCGAUCUGCAGUUAUUACACGAGCUUGAAGCGGCUUGGAAGGCCACUUAUCCCAAAAGUCCUACCAGUUCGCCUCCACCGUCGUCCGAAUCACCUAUUAUCUCACACGAAGACCCGUCUGGCUGGUUGCCCCCCAGGCUUCGAAUGGUUUUCGAUGUGGGCGAUAUCAUGGCAGUCCUUGCGGAUAGGGUGUCAGAGAACACAACCACGCUCACAUUCGCCCUUGCUGGCGUCCAUUCCAGUUGUUACACCUCUUUCUCAGAUAUCAUCGCCCGUCGCCGGGACAGAGUGGCUACCAAAGAAGCUUUUAAAGAAGAGGAAGAACUGCAGCAAAGGAGAGAAGAGAAUGACGAAUUGGACUUCGCCGUGCACCCUUCUAUGCUGCCAGCAGCACUGCGCCGACGAUCGACGGCCAACAAGGCAGAACUCAGGGAUAAUCUGUCCAUUUCCAUGAGAUGCGAUGCCACCGUAAAAAUGGAGCCCAUCAGAGUCAAGAUGACACUUUCAGGAGACAAAGUGUAUGAGCUCGCAGAAAUUGGAAGGAUAUACGGCACAGUCACAGGGGAUAUACUUGGGAGGCUUAAGGUUAAGCCGGACGGGACAGAAUCGUCAUCUUUUGACUGGAGUUCCAUUUCCUGUGGAUUGGAUGUGGGUAUACAGGAAGGAAUAGACGUGGAUUUAUGGAAAGAGGAAGUUGUGGAGGCUCUCAUAGGUAUGGGAGAGGCGCAUCAAAGAAGGCCCAAAGAUGAUCGUCAGCCUUCGCCAAGUGAGGGGAAAAAGACCACCACUAUCCUCGACAAGCUACCUUCGGGAAUAUCAGCCAGGCUUUCACUGGGCAAAGUCAACGUUUUCUUAGGUGUUAGGGAUCCAAACCCCGAAUGUGCAUUGGGUCUGACCAGAGGAUUAUGGUUCCGGACAGUGUUGAAAUUGGAAUAUGCGUAUCACAAAACCGUCAUCCAAUCUCUCCCUUGGCGCCAUACACUGACCACCCCCCGCCGAGCCAAGCUACGACUUCCCGAAGAUAUCACCACGCAAUCUCUUGCAUUUGGGGCCAAGCUUCGUUCUACAGGGGGUAGUGCAGCGUUGGUUUCCAUCAACACCGAGGAAACAUACUUCCAGCCUAUCUACAACGGCGAAAUGUUCAUCAAAAAAGGCGGGUUCAAAAAGGGCGUUUUGCGAAAAGACCCCCCAAAGGCGAGAGAAGACGAUGAAUUUGUUGGUUGGGGAUUUCAACGAGCUAAACAACUUCGAGCAAUGGAUGAGGGCAAGUUUGCGAAUAACGUGCCCCCAUUUGAGAUGAGAGGCACAGAGCAAGCGCGGAGACCAUGGCUAAGGAUUCCACGAUCACAUACUUCUUUUGCGGCUCAGCAACCAGCACCCGGUAGCGAUAUUGAGUACAAAAUUACCACUCGGAUGGAAUCACCUACCUUGAUUUCCGAUCUAUCCCAUAUAUAUUGCCAUCUUCUCGCUGGUUUGAUGGUCAAGCGAGUAAGCGCAGCUUGGAGGUCGGGGUCGGGUAAAUCUCAGGUCACUCAGUCCGCCUUGCCCAGCAAUAAUCUCAACCUUAGUAUUGACGUUUCAAUCCCCGGCAUGACCGCUCACUUCGCAUUUCCUCUUCAAGAACAGCUCUUCAUGUAUAGCUCCGGUAUUACUUUCAGCAAACAGCCUUACAAAGGCAUGGUGUUCACAGCUGAACAACUGCUGUUAUACGUUCCUAGUCCCCGGAUCAUCGGUAGCUGGGAAGAGCUCGGUCGUAUCAAGCAGUUCGCACUCGCCCUCUCGGACCCUCACUUGCCGCUUGUCAUUUCCCCCCGAAUAGAAUCUUUUCGUGUUCGUAUCCCAUUUUCUUACAAGUUGAACAGCCUCAUCCUCAACAUCAAUGUGACCGUCAAAGCCUGCAAGCUCCUUUUCCGAACGGUCUCAGGCAAAAUUCCCUUUACCACCGUCUUCAAGCCGUGCGCAGAGCAACCUAAGAAUGUUCCAACCUUCUCGUUCAGCGUUGGAUAUAUAUCACUUGAGAUAAAAGACGACCCUGUAGAAACAAGCCUUAACCUCAUUUGGAGAGCGGGUCUGGUAGAACAAGCUAAGAGAAACGCUCUAGAAGACAAUUUUGCAAAGAAGCUGUUGCUUAUUAGCGACCCCGACACUCAACCAGAGGUACAGGAGGAUACGAGAACUGGAAGUGGGCGACGGAUGCUUGUCCUCACUAAGAAGCAUAGCGUUGGUCCUGAAAGAGCCAGAUGGGCGCUCGAUCUGCUAGUAUCUCAGUCAUGGAUCAGGCGUAUUCGGGCUGCCAAACAUGAGCAGGCCAGAAGGGAAGUAUUGGCUCUUCAGGCAAUUAGUGGGUCUGGUGUCAACAUCAAGCUUCCGAUUCGAGUAGUCAGUUCGAGCCGCACAGCUCCCCUCUUUCGAGCAGCAUUUCAUGAGGUCAACCUUGUGAUCACAAAGCCAGGCCUUGACCGGAAGCAGAUCAUUGAUUACAUGGGCAAGAUGUCUGCUCCAUUUUCUGAUGAUGUCAACUUCUCCCUCAUGGUUCCCCUUAACAUUCGGUGGUCCAUGGCGGAGGCGAAGUGUACCCUUCGAGACUAUCCUCUUCCUCUUAUCCGAGUGCAACGAGUCAAUAAAAAUGAACAAAAACCGGCCUUUUACAUGGAGACAACUAUGGUUAUUGCGGAGGAACUCGCUGACGAUGAUUCAGUCAUGUAUGUUCCGGUCAAGGUUAUACCAGAAGGAUGCGGCCACAACGGUGCUUCCCCGUUUGUCCUGGAAAUUGCAAAAACGAUUAUGCCAGUCAAGACAUAUGCUGAGCCGAAAUUCAAGAUCUCUUCAAAGAAGACGACGGAGUUUACCUGGGGAAAUUCUUAUCAGCCUGCUAUCCAAGAUCUGAUGAAAGUCAUAGAAACUCUGUCUCAUCCCCCCCGGGAUCCUUCGCCAAGGGUUGGAUUUUGGGACAAAUUUCGACUUGUACUUCACUGGAAACCUAUUGUGGAUUUUGUAGGGCCGUGUCAUCUUCAUCUCAAGGGCUCCUUUGAUCCGUAUUCCGUCUCCGGACUCGGUUCUGGCUUUUGUCUGGCAUGGCGUGGCAAUACUCAGUUGUUGAUUGACCAGCCGAACGCGGAUAAGGAGGCUAUUCAAAUUCUGGCUGACGAGCUCGUCGUAGCUAUCCCAGAUUUGGCGCCAUUCCACGACGGGGCAGCAAUCGGCAAUAAUCGAAAUCAUCGACAUGAUCAUCAUGAUCAUGCUCGAGAGCGUGACAUCCUGGACGAUACUGAUGUAGUGCCCCUCGAAAGACGUUACACCAAACCUUGCGCCCAAUUUGUUGGGGGGGUGAGGGUUGGGUUUGGUUUUAAGCUUGAAAGGACUUGCCGGCCCUGGUCUUGUCAACAUGGAUGUGGUGACACGGAGAAUCUCCUCCACAGACAAUGUCGGGAAUUUACUUUUCUGCAACAUCAGCAAGUCAUUCUUCGCUCACCAGAAGCGAUUGCCAAGGCAGAGAAAAGGUUGGGCAGAAAAGUAGACUCUUAUGAAGGCUUCCGAAGCGACUUCAUUCACUUUUCCGUCUCUCUUGUAGCGCCCAAUGGAAAUGGAUCCGCCCACAGGACGCAAGAAGAGACGCCAGACAGCGUCAAUAGUCUUCAUUUUGCUCCCAAAGCAUCACAUCACUUCUUGAGCUGGUGGAAACUUUUCUCCCACCAGAUGUCAUUACCUAUCCGUCAUGGCAAAUUAUUCCCCGAUUCUCCACCGCCAUCCAAGAAGUUCGGUCGCAGUCUUGGCACUAUAAAAUAUCGAUUUGAUCUACGACCAGUAUACAUCUCCCAUAUGUACUCCCAAGUGAGCAAGGAUCAUUCGACUACCGGCAAAUCUGAGUCCCUCGGUAUCAAAGCUCGUUUUGGCCGGUUCAGAGCGGAUGCGCAUCAGCGUGCGCAGGAGAAGAUUGAGCGGCACGAAAAGCUUGGGCGGUCUACUGUCGUUGUGCACAAACCUUUCUACGCUGGGGACAUCCUUGCUGAUGACCUCAAGGUCAAAGGCGUGCGAGCUCAUUUUGUGGAGCGUAUCAAAGGUGAUAAUACCCCGCCAUCCGAUCCUCUUCCGCGAGCUUCAGCACUCCCGCCUGAAACCCGACAUUGGUAUAACUAUUGUGACUUCAUUGAUGUAGACCGCAAACCAAGUGAUAAGGACCCUCGCAUAGAACUAGCUGAUUUCGGUGACUGUCCUCACCUCUUUUACUGCAAACGAGUCAAGGCCAGGGCUAGUACUUCCCAUGAUGACUCAGGUAGCCAAGCAAGUAGUUCUCUUGGUGUAGAAAGUAGUAAAUUCGGUCACGAAGCUACUCAUCACUGUUACCUUGGGAUGGCAGAUUGUGUACGGGACGCACAGCGUUCGAUCACCCAGAAGAGGAUCAAUGAAUUGCAGGCCAGGCUAGAUAGUUACCCUCCCCCUCAAGAUGACGAGAAUCAAUCGGACCGAGCAGUAACUCUAAAUAGGAUCAACGUCUUAGUCAAGCAUUACGAGGAUCUUGAAAAAGAGACUCGCCAUCUCAGUGAUGAAACCCUGGAAUACUCAAAACAAACCACCACUACUACGUUUGAGCGGCCACUUUCCGGUGCUGCCUUUCAGGAUAUGAUACACAUACAUGGGCCUAGACUAGUUUUAACAGAUGGGUCAAGGAACAUUGGGUUCAAAUAUCUAUAUAUGAUGGGGGACAGGAAAAAGGAAGAAUACUACACAUCUUACGCAUCUUUGCGCGGCAUUCUUGACACUUAUCAGCAGCGUGUGCGCCGGCGUGCGCGGCCUGAGACUGAGGUUUUCGAGGAUGAACAAACCAAAAACACUUCGGCAGAUCAGCAAAUGGUGAAUGACCUGAUCCGAUGGCUCUCUGACAAACCCGCGUUGGACAGUCUCCAUACGGACGAUAAUGCCGAGGAGGGGUCUCUCCGAGCACAUCGCGGAUUGCCCGACGAUUGUGAUGUUAAGCCCAACAGACAUGUGCUUGUUUUCAAACCGCAGAUUGCGCUUCGCAGCGAAUCCGAUCCGAACGCCAUCGUGCUUCUUUCCGCGGAGGAAUUCUCCUUCAAACAGUUUAAAGUCAUCGAUUCUAACGCCAUUGAUGAUAUGAUGGCAGAUGUGCUUGACAGGAAUUACAUUUCAAUGCAAGGUUUGCAGGGUUUCUAUCCAACUACAGAGGCUCUCAAGAGGGAGCGGACACAGCUCGGCAUGCCUCGUGGCCUCGACUUCAUACCACUGGAAAUCUUUUUGGACGUGAAGAGUGAGGCUACAGAUUACGACCGUGUCCUGCAAAAAUCCGAUAUCAUGGUUUCCAUCGACAAGUUCAACAAUAUCCGUAUGCCUCGCGGCUUAGAAUGGCCGGAUACUUUGGAUGAAUAUGGAGAGCCUAUCAAGCACCUUAGAGUUCAUCAGGAUUAUACUGCUAUAAUUGCUCCCAUGCUUACCGUGACCGCCAAUUCCCGCAAUUUUGAGGCAUUGUAUGUCAUCGUAACGGAUCUGCUGAUGUACGAAGAUCCCGGGCAUAAAGACCGCUCGGAAGCUAUAGACGAUUUUACUCGCACAUUUGAUGCAGCAGACCGAGACCUCGGAAAAUUAGUCACAGACAUCAACGCCUUGCAAACGCACAUGCGUGGCCUUCUUGAGCUGCAGCACGGCUACGAAUCGAAUUUCGAGAGGCUUAACGACACUGGAAAGGAAGAACUUUUCAAGAUACGAUCUGAGCUGCAAGUUGGGUAUGAAAACAUGUACACAAUCAACGCCCUAAUUCGAGCUACGUCUGCGAAAGACGAUGCGCGAGCUGCUAUGAAGACAUCAACGAAAAUGGAUGUGCGAAUUGGAGGUGUAGCGUGGCAUAUGCUGCGAGAAUCGAGGCUUGAAACUAUGGCGAAGGUUGACAUCAACGGUGCCGUAUUUUCUAUGUUAACCAGUAAGAACGGCAUAAUGGACAACGCAAUGGUAAUUGGCGAUUUGAAGGCUCUCAAUGGCAAGUGGAACACGCUGUAUCCAGAGAUCAUCAUUCGAGAUGAUCCAAGCAAAAAGAAAAUAAAGAAGCCAUUCGCUGCAGUUUAUUGGUCCACUCGCCCCUCGAUCGGCGGUAUUCCUAUUUUCCCUUAUGUGAAUAUUGAAUUCGUCAACAUCCGCUUCAAGCUGGAGGAGAGGGUUGGGUUAGAUGUUAUGGAUUAUCUCUUCACUGACAGAACCCGUCGCCGUCAAAUAUCCGGUACCGCUGUCAAACCGCCUGGUGGAAAUGGUGCAAGUUCCACUACUCCAACCUCAUCCAUCUUUCGCGGGGCAGGAAUGACUUCCAUGGACGAUCUAGGCGGUAAACGGGGCGAGCCUCUUGGUAUAGAGAAUGGUCCUUUGCCACGAUCAAGGUCACAGGUUUCGCUUCUCUCUCUACCCCAAUCCGACCGUGACCCUGUAUCGAUUAAGAGAAUUGAGGACACCAAGGAGAUGAGACUGCGCGCAUCGACAAACAAGAUGUUCGGGACAUUUAGAUUACAGGGAAUGGGCUUCAACCUAAGCUACAAAAGUGAUGAUACUCGGAAACAUGGCACCUUUAGCAUGCCAGAUUGUGUUGACUUUAGAUUCAAAACGCCAGAGAUGGUCUAUGUCAGCAAGGUGUGGAGCAUGGAGGAUCUUUUUGAACACAUCAAGCGAGAUGUUAAGAGUUCGGCUUGGUCCCAGUCAGGUGAUAUCAUCUCACAAAUCUUCAAAAAGACAAGCCUCUUCAGGUCAAAAGAGCGUCUUAAGCAGGCUGCAUCAGUCACCGCUUUGGCAGAAAAAGCUCACAAGGGCAAAGGUUCUCAUCAGCACCCUCCUAAAUCGCCUUCGAAUCUCCGAUAUGCCUUCAAGAACUCUAGUAAUUCUCCCGAACCCGACGAAGACCUUAUCCGGACAAUCUCUCGAGUUAUGUCUCAUGAAGCAGUUCCGCCAGAAGAAAAACGAAGGUCCAAAUCUGUACAUCGUGGUUACUCCAACAAUUUGGACAUUCGGUCUGAGCCUUCAGAAGGGAGUAGCCAGCGACACGCCCAUUUACGAUCCACGAAUGAUCACUCGCCUAACAGCGGAAAGAGGUCCGUGGAAGAAGUGCCAGAGACAGAGGAGAAAGGAGGAGGGAGGAUCAAGGGGCUAUUGGGGAAGCUCAAAUCCAAGCAUCUAGUUGGAAAAGAUAAGGAGCCAAGGUCCAGUGAGGAUUCUUCCGGGUCGUCAUUGAGAAAGUCAACCAUAUGAAGAUGCUGCUCAUUCAUUACAACACUGACCUAACCCGCGGUAAUUUGUAGUUUUUGGCUUACCGUCUCUGUAUCUUUCUCUACCUUUUUGGGCUCUUUAUAUCUGCUGUUCUUUAAUUGUAUAGGAGUUUCAAUAGAUAAUGCCAGUUAUUACUAUCUACACUUCUUCCUUUCGCCAAACUGCAUGCUACAACAUACAUUUGUCCAU